CUUCAGAUGAACUCACAGGGUCGUCCUCUCAGUGUCCUGAAAUGUCUUCUUGAUUUCUCUGAAUAAGAUAUUUGAGUGUGACAAACAAAAGCAGAUGAUGGUGAACUCAACACUGGCUCCAUAUUUGAUUCUGGGGGCUUACCUUGACAUCAAGCAGUUCAAGUAUUUACUGUUCCUGAUUAUCUUGUGUUUGUAUAUGUUCAUAGUUGCCUCUAAUGUUCUGCUCAGUGUGGUUAUUGCUGUUAACAGGAGCUUACAUGAACCUAUGUACAUCCUCCUCUUCGUCAUGUUUGUUAAUCAGCUCUUUGGCAGUACAAGCUUGUUUCCAUUCCUAUUGGUUCAGAUCCUUUCUGAUGUUCACACUAUUUCUGUGCCACUCUGUUUCCUGCAGGUUUACUGUCUUCACAUUUAUGGAAGCAUAGAGUACUUUACUCUCACUAUCAUGUCCUAUGACAGAUAUCUGGCCAUCUGUUAUCCUCUGCAGUACAACUCCCGGAUGACAAAUAGGAAAGUUGCAGCUUUAAUUGUUUUAGAAUGGGUAUCCUCCUGUGUCAUAGUCAGUAUUUACACGUCCAUGAGCUACUCUCUAGACCACUGUAAAAAUGUCCUUAAUAGAGUCUACUGUAACAACUACUCCCUUGUUCAGCUGACUUGUUCAGACACAACGAUCAAUAACAUUUAUGGACUGAUCAGCACUGUUUUUUCAGUGUGUCUUCCAGUUAUUUUAAUUAUCUACACCUACAUGAGGAUCCUUAAGGUGUGUUACAGUGGAUCCAAAGCGACCCGACAGAAGGCAGUCAGUACCUGCACUCCUCACCUGGCCUCUCUGCUCAACUUCACACUUGGAGUUUGGGUUGAAAUUUUGCAGAGCAGGUUACAAUGGAGCCAUGCUCCAAAGAUUUUUGAAAUAUUUUUAUCUAUUUAUUUUCUAAUAUGUCAGCCACUGUUUAACCCUCUGGUGUAUGGACUAAAGCUGUCAAAAAUACGCAACUUGUGGAAGCAAUUGCUUUCUUUUAAAUGAACAUCAGGUGAUCAUUUUCAUUGUUUGGAGUCUGAUACUUUAGGUGAAUUAAAAAUUAAAAUAUGGACAUUCUGUUUCAGAAAGUGAGCUUAUGCUAGUUUGAGUUGAGAACAAAUAUCCAAAGUAAACCUAUCUGGUUCUGUUAUACAGGGCCAGCCCAAACCUCCACAGGGCCCUGAGCAAAUUUUUAUUUUGGGGUCCUCUGUUUCUGCAAAUAGUAUUAUGGUUUCAAUCAACAGUCGGAUGAUCAAAUCAUUCAUACACCUACAAUAAACUUUUUGUAUCUCUGGAAAAAAUGUUUACUAUCUCCUAUUUGUAUGCAUCAUCUAGUGUUACCAAACGUAAUAAUAUAAACUAGUCAGCAGUUUAUUUACAGUUAAAGUGUAACGUGAAUUUUAUGCUUUUUGCU